CCUUGCAGCUGCUGGUGCGAGCACAGAUUUCAAAUAAAGGCGCCUCGUGCCCUCUUCUCACCUGGUCCCUCUUCCUGGAGGCAGGGCAGCGGGGGCUUUCCUCCAGUGCCAGUAUGGGCAGCCGUGCCAGCGCAGCCAAGGGCAGCAGAAGCAUGAACUGCCUGGCAAGUGGGAACCAUAUUUUCCAGGGACUGGCUGCUGGAAUAGCAGUGAAUGAGAAUGGGAGAGGCCACAUCACAGGGAAUGUCAUCUGCGAGAACCAGUGGGGCGGGGCAGACAUCCGCCAUGGGGGCGACCCCGUCCUCAGGAACAACCUCAUCUCCUGCGGCUACUCGGACGGCGUGGUGGUGGGCGAGUGCGGGAAGGGCCUCAUUGAAGGAAACGCCAUCCACGGCAACAAGGGCUGCGGCGUGUGGAUGACGUCCUCCAGCCUCCCGCACCUCAUCAACAACCAGAUCAGCCACAACAGCUUCUAUGGGGUGGCGGUGUUCUGCCGCAAGGACGACGCUGGUGACUACCACCCCGGUCAGGGGGGCAGCGAGAGCUUCCACGAGGAGAGGGAGGGUGCCGGUGGGGAGAACGACCCCGACAGCGAGGAGGAGUACCGGGCUGCCCGGCGUCCCAUCAGCGUGGCGCUGGUGGAGUUGAACAGCAUCAACCACAACGGAGCUGCGGGGUUGCACGUCAAGAGCAGCGAAGCGCUGCACAUCGUCGCCAACGUGAUUCACGCCAACCACGAUGGCGGGGUGGCUGUGCUGCAGAGCAGCCAGCUGACGCGCAUCGCCCACAACAGCAUCUCCGGCAACAGCCGGGGCGGCGUGCUGGUCGAGGCCAAGUGCCGGGUGGAGCUGCGCGGCAAUGGCAUCUAUGAGAACCGCAGCCACGGCAUCGUCUCCAAAGGAGAGGGCGUCAUCGCAGAGAACGACAUCGUCGGCAACCACAGGUGUGGCCUUCAGCUGCUCCAGGCAGCGGACAUGAAGGUGACCAAGAACAGGAUCCAGUCCUUUCGGGACUAUGGGAUUGCUCUCUUUGAUGAAGCCAAAGGCCUUGUGCAGGAAAAUCUUAUUUUCCAAGGGCGAUCCAAGAAAUCCAUUUUGCGACCGAUAUCAAAUGCAGAGGAUUGUGUCAUCCAAAACAACGUGCUUCUCACCUUCAAGAAAAGGUGA